AUGGCUUACCAGGGAGUUCCAAACAACAACUAUGGCGAGAGCCAUAACCUGGGCGAUAUGAAUCCAGGGGCCGCUUACGGUCAAGUACCUCACCGCGAAGGCUCCGACGACGAGCAGGAGGUUGAACGUUCUCUCCUCCACCCCAAUCCCACCGGUGCCAACCCAAGCCCCUUUGACGACCCCGAGGGCCGCAUGCAUUCUCCCGGUCCCCGUCCCGUGUCGGCGUACAGCCUGUCGGAGACCUACGCCGACGGCUCCUCCGCUGGCGCCCCGACUUACAACACCAGCUACUCCGCCGGCUACAACGAGGAGGCCGACGUCUACAGCGGCUCCGAGACCGCCUAUGGCGUUCCUAACCGCUCCCCCUCGCCCUACAACAGGAGCGACACCAGCUCCACCGAAGCCUGGCGCCAGCGCCAGCAGCCCGGCGCCCAGGGCGGCGGCGGUCUGAAGCGUGGUUUGACCCGUAAGGUCCGUCUCGUUCAGGGCUCCGUCCUGAGUGCCGACUACCCCGUUCCUAGCGCCAUCCAGAAUGCCAUCCAGGCCAAGUACAGGAAUGACCUCGAAAGCGGCAGCGAGGAAUUCACGCACAUGAGAUACACGGCCGCCACUUGCGACCCUAAUGACUUUACGCUCAAGAACGGUUACAAUCUUCGCCCGGCCAUGUACAACCGGCACACCGAGUUGUUGAUUGCCAUCACCUACUACAACGAAGACAAGGUCCUGACCGCCAGAACGCUGCACGGUGUCAUGCAGAACAUUCGUGACAUUGUCAACCUGAAGAAGUCCGAGUUCUGGAACAAGGGCGGCCCGGCCUGGCAGAAGAUUGUCGUCUGCUUGGUCUUCGACGGUAUCGACCCUUGCGACAAGGGUACGCUGGACCUGCUGGCGACCGUCGGUAUCUACCAGGAUGGUGUCAUGAAGAAGGACAUUGACGGCAAGGAGACCGAGGCGCACAUUUUCGAGUACACCACUCAGCUUUCCGUGACUCCCAACCAGCAGUUGAUCCGUCCUCACGACGACAGCUCGAGCACUCUGCCCCCUGUGCAGAUGAUGUUCUGUUUGAAGCAGAAGAACACCAAGAAGAUCAACUCUCACCGUUGGCUCUUCACUGCUUUUGGCAGAAUCCUCAACCCCGAAAUAUGUAUCCUUCUCGAUGCCGGUACCAAGCCCGGCCCGAAGUCCCUGCUUGCUCUGUGGGAGGCCUUCUACAACGACAAGGACCUUGGUGGUGCUUGCGGUGAAAUCCACGCCAUGUUGGGUAAGGGCUGGAAGAACCUCCUCAACCCCCUGGUCGCCGCGCAGAACUUCGAGUACAAGAUUUCCAACAUUCUGGACAAGCCCCUGGAGAGUUCGUUCGGUUACGUCUCUGUGUUGCCCGGUGCCUUCUCGGCUUAUCGUUUCCGUGCCAUCAUGGGCCGGCCUCUGGAGCAGUACUUCCACGGUGACCACACGCUGUCCAAGAUUCUCGGAAAGAAGGGUAUCGAGGGUAUGAACAUUUUCAAGAAGAACAUGUUCUUGGCCGAAGAUCGUAUUCUCUGCUUCGAACUUGUGGCCAAGGCUGGCUCCAAGUGGCAUCUUUCCUACGUCAAGGCCUCCAAGGGUGAAACCGAUGUGCCCGAAGGUGCUCCCGAAUUCAUCGGUCAGCGUCGUCGUUGGCUGAACGGUUCAUUCGCUGCCUCCAUCUACGCGCUCAUGCACUUCGGUCGUAUGUACAAGUCCGGCCACAACAUUCUCCGCAUGUUCUUCCUCCACAUCCAGAUGUUCUACAACUCGGCUUCUCUCUUCAUGACCUGGUUUGCUCUUGCAUCCUACUGGUUGACAACUUCCGUUAUCAUGGAUCUUGUCGGUAUUCCUGAGGCUGCGGAUUCUUCUACGGGCACGGCGGCUAAGAACGCCUGGCCUUUCGGUAACACUGUCACUCCCGUCUUCAACACGAUUCUCAAGUACGCGUAUCUGGCCACGCUGCUCUUGCAGUUCAUCUUGGCCCUUGGUAACCGUCCCAAGGGUUCGCGCUACACUUACGUCGUGUCUUUCUGUAUCUUCGGUUUCAUCCAGGCUUAUCUGAUCAUCCUUUCGAUGUACCUGGUCGCCAAGGCCUUCACCAGCCCCCAGGAACAGCAGCUCGACACCGACAGCGCCAAGGAUUUCGUCAAGUCUUUCUUCUCUUCGGAUGGUGUUGGUAUCAUUAUCAUCGCCAUUGCGGCUACCUUCGGUCUUUACUUCGUGGCUUCGUUCAUGUACCUCGACCCGUGGCACAUGUUCACCUCGUUCCCUCAGUAUCUCCUUCUCAUGCCUUCCUUCAUCAACAUUCUCAACGUCUACGCCUUCAGCAACUGGCACGAUGUUUCCUGGGGUACCAAGGGUUCCGACAAGGCUGAAGUACUACCCUCUGCGAAGACCGAGAAGGCCGAUGACGGAAAGCACACCGUCAUCGAAGAGCCCGAUUUGCCACAGGCCGAUAUCGACAGUCAAUUCGAACAGACCGUCAAGCGUGCGCUUGCUCCCUUCGUUCCCGAGGUUGAGGACACUUCCAAGACUCUUGAUGAUUCGUACAAGUCUUUCCGUACGCACUUGACGACUGCAUGGAUUUUCUCUAACGCUCUGUUGGCCGUUGUCAUUACCAGCGACAACUUUGACAAGUUUGGUUUCACUUCUGGUGCGUCUCAACGUACGGCACGUUUCUUCCAGGCCCUUCUGUGGGCUACGGCCUGUAUUGCCUUCAUCCGUUUCAUGGGAUGCUGCUGGUUCCUGGGCAAGUCCGGUAUCCUGUGCUGCUUCGCCAGGCGGUAA